AUGUUGAUGCGCGAUGCAACAUCCACUUGCCUGGAGGACCUCCCCAAUCCGAACGCGUCCAAGACCUCCAAGUGCCUCACUCGCCUCCGGGAGGGUUCCGGAGCUGCUUUGCCUCCGGAGCUGCGCCAGGGAGGGGCCUCGGCACAACUGCAUGCAUGCGUGAAUAAGUCGGCGUACGCGGGUGAGAAGGAUGAGGGCGCCCCGAAAUAUUGGGGAAGGCUGCACCCGGCCGUGGCGGAGCUGGAACUGAAAAUCAAAGGUCAAGGGAAAAAGGCCUGCCUGCAGCUAUUGCGAAGGCCCCAGGAUAAUCUUCUGGCACAAGUUCUGGCCAUUGUUGACCGGCAGCUCACCAAUCGGGAUGCGCAGCUGCCGCAAAACCGCCACGGCGUCUCCAACCCGGCAGGCCAGCUGAUGACUGUCGUCGCUGCCGAGCUAACAGACUUGCAGGUGGUAUCCGUCUCACCAGCCGACGAGCCGGGCAUCUUGGCCGUACGCGCUGCCGUACGGCUGAUGCCGGCUGCCUUUGAUGUGGUUAUUCCGGAGCCGACGUCGCGGGCCGUGGCGUUCCUGGGCGGCGGUGGUGCAGCUGCAGCGGCCGCGGCUGCCUCUGUGGCGGGGGCCUUGCUGGACGUGGUGGAGAUUCUGCAGGUGCCGGCGCCGGCGCCGGAACAGGAGGAGAAGGAGGAGGAGGAGGAGGGGAAGGCAGAGGACGACGUUCCAGAGGGCGGCGGCAGGGUCGCCGCCGCCAAUGCCAGUCUGGGGGAUGUGGACGAGGCGGGUCGCAGCGGCCCGUACACCAGCACCACCAGCAGUGGCCCCGUGGGCCUCAAGUGCAAGCUGUUCCCGUACCAGCAGCGGGCUCUUUCGUGGAUGGUCUGGAGGGAAACACAACCGGAGCUAGGCGGCGACGGUGACGGCGGCGACGGUGACGGCGACGUGCAGGAUCGGGACCCUGAGCGGAAGCAGGAGGAAAACGGCCUCGCUGCGGAUGCCGCCGCCACAGCGGCCGCAGCCGCAGCCGUACAUCUAGGCGAUUUCGCGUCGCAGAACUUGUUCUGGCGGCGGCUGGAGGUCCGCGGCGGCGGCGACGGCGGCCAGGAGCUCUGGGUGAAUCCGUACCCGGGAGGUGGGCUGCGGCGGCAGCCGCCGCCGCCGCCGCGGCGGCAGCGUGUGGGUAUCCUGGCGGAGGAGAUGGGUUUGGGGAAGACAGUCGAGGUGAUUGCGCUCAUGCUGGCGAGGCCGCCGCCGCCUCUUCCACUGCCGCCACGAUCGGAAGUAGAAAAUCAGCAUCGCCGUCAACACCACCACCCUGGAAAGGAACAACGACGGAAGCAGUCACAGGAGCAGCGGGAGCAUGGUGGUUGCAGCGGCGGAGGCGUUGGUGACGUUGCGGGUUCCGGAGAGUACGGCGGCGACGGUGGCAGCAGCGCGUGUGGAGGUGGAGGCGGAGGCGGAGGUGGUCAUCGGCGGCCCCAGGGACCAAACCUGAUCGUCACUCCACCAUCCAUUUUACAGCAGUGGUCUUACGAGAUUGCUAAUCACAGCAACUUGAAGGUGUAUGUGUAUGACGGCCUCAGGUGGCAUCGUCAGCAGGCGGCGGAGAGGGAGAAAGAACAGAUCAAGGAGGCCAAGAGAGAGCAGCGACUGGAGCUGCAGCGUCAGAAGGAGGCCCGACGUCAGGAACGUGUACGGCAAAUGGCGGAGCGGGCGGCCGCGCGCACAGCAGUGCGGCGGGCCCGGCAAGAGCGCAAACGCGGCAGGAGCGAGUCCUCCACGGCAGCUCCUGGGUCACCGUCGCAGCGGCAGCAGCAGAAGCGGCGGCGGCGGCGGCCCAGGUCGGACGCUGCAGGGGUCCAGCCGCCGCCACGGCAGCGGCGGCGGCGGCGACUGGAGGAGGACUCCGGCACGGAGUCGGAGGACGCUACGGCGGGCAGUGCUGAUGAGGUUGGCGAUGAGGAUGAGGGAAGUGGAGACGAGCUGGGGGAAGAGGAGAGAGCAGCGGCAGCGGCGGCGGCGGGUGCCGGCAGUUCCGCAGCGGCGGCGGCGGCACCAUCGUACGGCAGGGCUGGUGGAAGUGGUGCGGGCCCAAGCAGUGCCGCGCAGGCUGUAGGGAGCGGCCCGGGGGCGGUGGCGGCGGGGCCAGCCGUACGGCGUUCGGAUCGUGCCCCGCGGCGGCGCUCGUAUGCGGCGAUGCAGAACGGGAACGACACUGGCGGCGAUGAUGACGGUGAUGGUGACGGCGAUGAUGACGAUGGUAUUCGUACAAAUAACGCCAGCGCUGCCCGCGGGAAGUACGGCGGACGUACAUCUGCGGGCGUUGACAAUCCCGACAGCGGCGGCAUCCCCGCCGCAAAUGACCGUACGGCCACAGUGUUUGUCAGAUCCGCCGCUGCCGCUGCGGAUCCAACAGCGGGCGCUUCGGGGGGAAGGGCCAGCGGCGGCUGCAGCGGCGGGGCCCCCGCCGCGGCGGCGGCAGCGGGCCCCGCGGCCCCAAGCCGCAUGCAGCUAUACCAUCGGGAGCUGACGGCGGCGCUGUACGCGGGUACGGCACUUUGUCCGGCCAGUUGCGACCCGACGGCGGAGGCGGCAGCUGCCGUACGGGAGCUGCUACAGGCUGACGUGGUAUUGACGACGUACUCGGUCCUCAAGGAGGAGGUUCACUACAGCCCCAGCAACCGCCUGCUAGCCGGACUGCGACAUGAGAAGAAGUACGGGGUACCUGAGAGCCCGUUACUGCAGUGGGUUUGGUGGCGGCUGAUCUCUGACCCCUACCGCACCGGAAGCCCCGAGGGCCAUUCUCGUCUGGCGGCCCUGCUGAAACCCAUCAUGUGGCGGAACAGCAAGGCGGUGGCGGCGCAGGACCACCCCCUGCCACGGAGGGUUCUGCAGGUGCCGGGACAACAAGGCCACGGCAAGCGCCGCCGGGGGCAAGAUCGCGGCGAGGUCCUGGCGCAGGUGGCGGGAGCCGAGCUGCACCAGCUGCGGCUGGCGUGUGUGCACGUACAGCUGACCCGGUACUGGCAGAAGCUGGGCCAGGAGUUGGCGUUACAUGGGGGCUGUAACGCCCACCGGGGUCAUGGAGGGGGUGUCGGUGUGGGGGGAGGGG